GAAACCAACUUCACUGAGCCACAGGAUUCAGAAGUCCCCCAAUCUCAAAAAAUUAGGGUUUCCUCCACAAAGAAAAAUCUCAAUCGAUCAUGCCGAAGAACAAGGGAAAGGGAGGAAAGAAUCGCAAGAGAGGUAAGAAUGAAGCCGAUGACGAAAAAAGAGAACUCGUUUUCAAAGAAGACGGUCAAGAAUACGCUCAGGUUCUCCGUAUGUUAGGUAACGGUCGUUGUGAAGCGAUGUGCAUCGACGGAACUAAACGUCUCUGUCAUAUCCGUGGUAAGAUGCACAAGAAAGUUUGGAUCGCCGCCGGCGAUAUCAUCCUCGUCGGACUCCGUGAUUAUCAGGAUGAUAAGGCUGACGUCAUCCUUAAAUAUAUGCCUGAUGAAGCUCGUCUUCUUAAGGCUUAUGGUGAGCUUCCUGAUAAUACCAGACUUAAUGAAGGUAUUGGUGGUGGUCUUGAUGAAGAAGAUGACGCCACUGCUAAUGAUUACAUCGAGUUUGAAGAUGAGGAUAUUGAUAAGAUUUAAUUGAACCUUCUUUUGUAGUUGGAGUUUCAAUUUUUAUUAUAUGACGAUGAUCAUAAUGACGAUGUGUAAUGUUGAGAGAUUUAUUAUUGAGGUGUUUUAAUUAAUUAUGUUUUACUGUGAGAUAUGGUUAUGAUCUUGUGGCUAAUUUGAAUGGAUAAUAAUGAUAGAUUGAAAGCUUGUUAUUUUUAGUUUAUUUGGUGUUUUAUAGAAUCAAAGUGUAUCCGACUAGAUGCCAUCCUAUGUAACAUUCAAUUAAUAAUUCAUUUUCACAUAUUUUGAUUGGUGUUGA